GUUUCCUGUGUUUGUAAACUGUAGCUCACGCUAGCUGAUGUGGCCGCAGCAAUAAGGAGACGGUUUUCCCCUUCACCCCCCCCAUACUCAAAGAAUUUAAGGGAAGGGUGACAAACCGGUACCAGAUGAUAGCAGUGAGCGUGUCUACUGCCUCAUUCUGAGUGACAGCUCCUGGCCCCUCCUCUCGUCCCUGUCCUCUUCAGUGAUGUCACACAUACCAACCACCUCGGUCCGUGACCAUAUGAAAUGGGCGGGACUGCUGGGAUGUGAAGCCGUCCUCUCCAGCAUGGCCCUGAUGCAGGCCAGCACCAUUUCUGCUCCAAAGAAGAUGAUGACAUCACUGUCCCCGCCCCCUCUCCCAGGCACCACUCAGAGGGACCUGCAGGGACACGCAAGCUUAACGGCCAUGACCUGCCCUCCGCUGCUUGUCCGUAAAGAAGGCGACUUUCAUGCCCAACGCCUGCUGGACGAGAAGGAAAUGAGACCAACCGAGGACAUGCAGCUGAAGAAGAAGAACAGGAAGUCAGGAACGCCCUGUAAAGUUCGAGAGCAGGAGGGGAAAGGAGGCAAGUCUGUUGUGGUGGACGAGAAUGGGAACUGUCCUCUUUCCAAAGUGCAGAAGAACUUCAUCUGCGAUCACUGCUAUGGCGCCUUCAGAAGCGGCUAUCACCUGAAACGACACAUCCUCAUUCACACUGGGGAGAAGCCAUUUGCUUGUGCCAUAUGUGACAUGAGGUUUAUUCAGCGUUACCACUUGGAAAGACACAGCCUCACUCAUACUGGCGUGAAACCGUAUGCUUGCACCAUGUGUGACAUGCGGUUUUUCCAACGUUAUCAUCUUCAGAGACACAGCCUCAUACAUACGGGGGUGAAGCCCUACGCUUGCUCCAUGUGUGACAGGCGUUUUUUCCAACGCUACCACCUGCAGAGACACAGCCUCACUCAUACGGGGGUGAAGCCGUAUGCUUGUUCCAUGUGUGACAUGAAGUUUUUUCAGCGUUACCACCUGCAGAGACACAGCCUAACCCAUACGGGGGUGAAGCCGUAUGCUUGUUCCAUGUGUGACAUGAAGUUUUUUCAGCGUUACCACCUACAGAGACACAGCCUAACCCAUACGGGGGUGAAGCCAUAUGCUUGCUCCAUGUGCCAUAUGAGGUUUUUUCAGCGUUGUCACCUUCAACGACACACUCUCACCCACACGGGGGUGAAGCCAUUUGCUUGCACCAUGUGUGAUAUGAGGUUUUUUCAACGCUACCAUCUCCAGAGACACAGCAUCACCCAUACGGGGGUGAAGCCUUACGCUUGUUCCAUGUGUGACAUGCGUUUUUUCCACCGUUACCAUCUGCAGAGACACAGCCUCACUCACACGGGGGUGAAGCCUUAUGCUUGUAACAUGUGUGACAUGCGUUUUUUCCAACGCUACCACCUGCAGAGACACAGCCUGACCCAUACGGGGGUGAAGCCGUACGCUUGCUCGAUGUGCGACAUGAGGUUUUUUCAACGUUACCACCUACAGAGACACAGCCUCACUCAUACGGGGGUGAAGCCGUACGCUUGUUCCAUGUGUGACAUGAGAUUUUUCCAGCGUUACCACUUGGAAAGACACAGCCUUACUCACACGGGUGAGAAGCCAUUUGCAUGUGAUAUGUGUGACAUGCGCUUCAUCCAGAGAUAUCACCUGGAGAGACACAAACGGGUACACAGCGGAGAGAAACCGUACCAGUGUGAACGAUGCCAACAGAACUUCUCAAGAACAGAUCGGUUGCUCAGACACCGCCGGCUGUGCCAGGGAAGGGCUGUGGCAAAAGUGGAGGCCACGGCCUGCUGUGAGCCUCGCCCAUUUUCUCAAGACCCACUCCCGGCCCCACCUCCAGCUCCGCCCAACACCUGGAGUCGACUGGCAGUCUGACAUUCCAUCACACCAACCAGCACGAAAACGGGGGGAAAGAACCACGAGCACAGUCCUGGCGCUUUGCCUGCUGCCACACUCUGCAGUGGAGGGAAGAUAUAAAUAAAUAAAAACAAGAUUGACGUAACAAGGAGAACGAUGAACGAAAUGCUUCUUUACCUUAUUUGUUUUAUCAGUCAUUUUAAAAGAGGGGGGACCUGUUGUGGAUUUUUUUUUUCAAUGUUUAAACAGUUUAUUUACUUUUUUUUUUUUUUAACAAAGUUUCAGACAUUUUGUUGGCUCGAUGGUUAAUCACAAUGAAUUGCAUUCGCCGAAACUACCUACAGUUUUAGCUUGUCGCAACCCGUCACAGAUUGACAUUUUGUGAAAUGUGAGCUGCAUUUCGUCUUCAGCUUAGUGUUUAGAAUUUUUUUUUUUUUUUGUUUGUUUUUACAGUUUUCAGAUUUCAAAUUUAUAUUGUUUUUCCUCUCCGCUUUAGCAGCUCACACUUCACACUCACAUCAGCGCUGUGUGCAUAUGUAAAUAACUGCGUUAAACGAGUUUUACCAUAACACUCCUCUCCACAUAUACUGUCAUAUAACUGUUCAGUGUGUUACCCAUUAGCUAGCGAUAAAAUCUAAAUGUUUGAUGGUCAGAUAUUCUUUGCCAAUCAGAGUACUAACGCAAGGGAGUGUUUUUAUGAGCAGUGCUGCACUUCUUCCGAUCAUCAGAUCACUGGUUUGACAAUUCAGAAUAAAUUUCAACCUGUACACAUUUCAGUGGUGCAACAAAUAAUAAUAAUUUUGUCAUUAUAGACAGCAGAUUUUUUGGAUUUGUGUUGCUACUUAAAUGGAGUUUGGUAGCAGUGGGAUUGUCAAUUCCCUGGACAUCAAUCAUUUUUAGCCUUCAGAAAUGCCAAUUCUCACAACCCUGAUGGAGUUAAGUUGGUAACGCUGUUGACAUGAUGAUGACGACGACCCAACACCCCUGAUGUCCAUUCCAGUUCUGCGUUUUCUAGUGCUAAAGGAAUACUAAUGUUAAGCUCACAUCCAGAUGUUCUGGGUUAAAGCAGAGACAGGGCUCCAUGUGAGGCGCAGAGUCCCUGUCAAGACUUCUAACUCCUAAUCGCUUUGUUCUAAUGGACACAUUCUCUCCGUAUGAAAUCUACACAUUUAAAGACUUCACAUCUUUCAUGUCCAAGUUUGUGUUCUUGAAUUACCUUGUUUAACGGAUAUUUUGCUAAAAGCUUUCUUACCGUUAUAACACAGUGACUUUGUAAGACUACACAACCCAUUGUGCAUCUCUUCACAGCCUGAUCACCUUCAGCAGGAAAUGAAGAGAACGAGUGCAUGGGAGAGAAGGUUGUUUCCGGGAAGUUUUGUGAAGCAGAAAGACUGAACUGCUUUUACUCAGAAGUUAUUUACAGCUCUGUAUCAUGCUUUAAAUGCAAUUUGUACUUUUGUUUAUGGUUAGGUUUUGUCCUGUUUUGUGUAUGUGGUGUUUGAAAUUAACACACUGAUAACACACUGUCCUUCUGACAAGAUCUGGCAACCUGGUGCCCACUGAGAACGGGUCAGGAGCAAGGCUUGUCGGUGUUUGAUAAAAAAAAAAAUUAAUUCUCCCCCAAAGAAAUAAUAUGGAAAGUGUUUACUACAGUCAACGUGACAAUUUUAAGAUUGCUCUUAAAAUACUAGAGAGAGAGAAAAAAAAACGCUAAAAAUCCUCAAUUAGAAGAAUGCUGUUAAAUAUCAUGUCACCGAUUGUCAGCACAUUCCUCAUAACGACUCAAGCCACUUGUUUUUCUCACUGAUUAUAUUUCAUUUAUGUUUCAUGUUAUAAAAUAUAUAAACUGAUGGACUACAACCGUUUUAGUUCUGUAGCAACAUGCUAUGUAUUUCUUUUUUUAUUUCUUAUAUAAAUUUAAAACACUGGAGUGAAAAAAAUAACUAGACGUUUUUUUUUUUUUUUUUUUUUUUUUUUCUUUUUUUUCCUCUGGUAUUAAACCUAGCGUGUAGUUGUUUAGACAAAGCCGUCUCUUGGGAGCCAAGCGCUUUCCUCAUGCUGCCUCCGUAACCUUCAUGUAGGGAUUUAAAAAAGAAAAACUUUAGAGAAAUUUCCAGCCCGGUGUUUUAGUGAACUCUGUUUAGAAAUGUUAGAAAAGAAGGAAACUGCACCAGUCAUAGCUAACGGUAGUUCUGCUCUCUUGCAUGUCCUGGCAGUUUUCACUGUUUAAAAAAACAAAAACAAAAAAAAAACACUUUAUAUUGGUUUUUGUUCGAAAGACAUGUAUCGAUGAUAAGUGUAAAAUGAAUCCAGACCACCUCGUGAUCCGACUUUGUUGUGUGCAGUGAGAAGAGGGGCUUUCAUUACACCAAAAUAAAAUCUCUCAAAGAAAA